ACCUCAAAUUCAAUCACUCAUUCAAAAUGGAGUUGGAGAGUGAGAAGAAGGAUGGCAAGCUGAAAAGCUCAUCCCGGCUUUCUUGCUGCAUUAAAUCGCCGCCGGAAUCACUUUCCGGCGAUGCAAAGCUCGCCGGCGACGACAAGAUGUCGACAAUCAAGACAAAGCCCGGUGGAUGGAAAUCCAUGCCUUUCAUCCUAGGCAAUGAGACGUUUGAGAGACUGGGGUCGUUUGGGCUAACGGCGAACUUCACGGUGUUCUUGCUCACAGUGUUUCACUUUAGCCAAGUCUCAGCUUCCAACAUGUUGAACAUUUGGUAUAGCAUUUCCAACUUCACGCCGUUAAUUGGUGCCUUCAUCUCUGAUUCCUAUAUCGGCAAAUUCUGGACCAUUGCCAUCUCCUCCUUUUCUCAAUUCCUGGGAAUGGUGACGUUGACCACCAUAGCCGCCCGCCCGACGAUGCGUCCACCGCCCUGCACGGUGGGCAGCCAGCAAUGCGAGGGCCCUACCCGUUCCCAGCUGGGCUAUCUAAUAAUGGGGUUGGGCUUCCUGUCCAUCGGCACUGGCGGAAUACGGCCGUGCAGCAUCCCGUUCGGCGUGGACCAAUUCGACUCGUCCACGCCGGAGGGCCGGAAAGGCAUUAGCAGCUUCUUCAACUGGUACUACAUGUCGUUCACGACGGUGCUCAUAAUCUGCAUGACGGUGGUGGUUUAUAUCCAGGACAGUGUGAGCUGGGUGAUCGGGUUCGGGAUCCCCACCGGGCUCAUGGUAUGCGGAGUCGUGCUCUUCUUUCUCGGCAUGCGGCGCUACGUUUAUGUGAAGCCGGAAGGGAGCGUCUUUUCCGGUGUAGCUCGGGUGGUGGCGGCGGCUUAUAAGAAGCGCAAAAUUAGGCUCCCGGGUGAUGGUGCCGGUGUCGGUGUUUAUUACGAUCCGCCGUUGCCCCCCGGCUCCACUGUGGCUAAGCUCCCCCUCACCAAGGAUUACGGGUUCUUAAACAAAGCGGCGGUAGUAAUGGACGGAGAUGUGACCGGCGACGGAAAAUGCAGAAACCGAUGGAGGCUAUGCAGCAUUCAAGAAACCGAAGAAGUGAAAUGCAUAGUGCGAGUAAUCCCAAUCUGGCCGGCCGGAAUCGCGUGCUCACUCGCCAUAAUUCAGCAGGGCACCUUCACAGUCAAUCAAGCCAUGCAAAUGGACCGCCACCUCGGCCGCGGCGGCUUCCAAAUCCCGGCCGGCUCCCUCUUCGUCGUCUCCCUCAUCACCAUCGCCGUCUGGCUCCCUUUCUAUGACCGCGUCCUCGUCCCGUGGGCCCGGCGCCGCACGCGCGUUGUCGGCGGAAUCACCGUCCUCCAAAGGAUGGGAAUCGGGCUCGCCAUCUCCGUCCUCGCCAUGGUGGUGGCGGGCUUCGUCGAGAUCAAGCGACGCGCUGCCGCACGCGCCUCACUCGCCGCUGCUCACGGCGGCGCGUCGCCCAUCUCCGUCGCGUGGCUGUUCCCGCAGCUCAUCACGAUGGGCUUCGCCGAGGCGUUUAAUAUUCUCGGACAAAUAGAGUUCUACAACAAGGAGUUCCCGGAGAACAUGAUCAGCAUCGGAAACUCGCUGUCCUCCGUCACGUGGGGCGUCGCCGGCUACGUCAGCACCAUGCUGGUCAACACGGUGCACAGGACCACGGGGGGCCACGGUCGGCCGGACUGGCUAACCGCCGACAUUGACGCUGGCAGGCUGGAAAAUUACUACUUUGUUAUCGCCGGCAUCGGGGCUGUGAAUUUGGUGUACUUUGUGCUCGUUGCUCGGAGAUACCGCUACAAGAGCAAAGUGUGGGUUGAUGAUGAUGAUGACAAGGGCGAUAAUGGUGACCUAAAAGUGUAAUAAUAGUAGUGUGAAUUCAUGCUUUUACUAUAAACACAUAAUAAUAAAGAAAAGCAUGAAGCUAAUUAGGUUAUGAAGAAAUCUAAUUUAUAAUUUUUGUGAUGAUUUAGUGACUCAAUUAAUUGUAACUUUUUAAUUUUACAAAAUUGAUUAGAUGAGGCAGUCGCAUAAGUCAACACAUUAGUCCUAGCCUCUAUCUAUUUUGCAAAAGUCAACACAUUAGUCCUAGCCUCUAUCUA